UCUCCACUAAACUCCCCAAGUUCCAACAUCACUGAAAACUCACACACUUCCGACCAUGAAACCACCACCUUCGUCACUUAACUCAGCACCAUUCUUCCUUCUUCUCCUCCACCUUGCCGUCUCCUCCGUCGCUCCCACCACUGAAACACCUUCUUCCUCCUCCUCCUCCUCUACUCUAGACCCCAAACAAAUUGAAGCACUUGCUUCCCUCAACAUUCCCACCGCAAGAGACCCUUGCAUUCAACCUUCGCCUCACAAAGCCACCGUAUGCGACAGGUCCGAACCCUUCCGCCACCUUGUUUCCCUCCACCUCUUCAACUGCUCCGCCGAUCUUUCCCUCUCCUUCACAGCUCUUAAAUCCCUCUCUUCACUUCAUUCACUUUCCUUCACUAACUGUCACACUUCCCCUAUCCGUUUCCCUUCCGAUCUCGCCCUUUCCCUCACUUAUUUCUCUUGCAUUCUCUCCUUCCGCCGCCUCACCGGCGUCUGGCUCUCGCGUUUCGUUAACCUCACAGAUCUCACAGUUUCUUUCACCCCGGUUAACACCACUGGCCUUUAUGUGAUCCUUGGGAAUAUGCACAAGUUGAAGACUUUAACCAUUUCUCAUGCUAAUCUCACCAGUUCACUUCCGAGACACCUGCGUCAGAAUCUAACCCAUGUUGAUUUGUCUGAUAACAAGCUCAAAGGAAACAUACCACCUUCCAUUACCCUUCUUGAAGAUCUUGAGUACUUGAACCUUUCUUCAAAUGGCCUACAUGGGGUGAUUCCAACUCAGUUUGGUGACUUGAUAUCAUUAGAGAAUCUAUCUUUGGCUUCCAAUUCAUUUUCUGGGUCAAUCCCAGAUUCAAUAUCAGCUAUAACAGGCUUGGUUCAUGUUGAUCUGAGUAAUAACCAGUUCAAUGGCACUGUCCCAAGGUUUUUCUCAGAGUUGAAAGGCUUGAAAGUGUUGAAACUUGAGAACAAUGAGCUUCAUGGGGUUUUGCCUUUCAAUGCUAGUUUCAUGAAGAAACUAGAUGUUUUCAAGGUUGGUGGGAAUAGCAAUUUGUGUUACAAUCAUUCUGUUAUAUCAUCAAAAUUGAAGCUUGGGAUUGCUCCUUGUGAUAGUGAUUCUUCAGAUUAUGAUGAGGGUGAUAAUGCAGAUGACACAGGUGAAAAGAAGGAUCAACAUCAUGGGCCAAAUAAGGUUGUUCUUGGUGUUGCAAUUGGCCUUUCUUCAAUAGUUUUCCUUAUUGUUUUCUUAAUUCUUCUCUCAAAAUGGUGUGGUUGAAAACAGUAAUUUUGGUUCUUGAUUAUAUUUUUAGACUAGGGGGGAAAUUGGUUAUUAGAGUUUUCAUUUAUUUAUUAUUGAAAUUUGAUACACUUGAUUUAUGAUAAAUGAAGAAGGAAAAAGAUAGC